AUGGAGCCUCUACGACAUGCCAAUACUAUGCCGCCUCAAGGCUUGUCUCAUCAGAGAUCUGUUGCUAGAAAGCCAGUUGGAAAACAAUCUGUAGUAUCAUCGCCUUCACCGCAGACCUUUUCACUUGCGCAUAGACCUGCUCCCCAGCAGCAGCAACCGCAACAGUAUCCAGCGGGUGGCUAUCCUCACAAUCAGCAGCAACAGAUUCAGCAGCAGAAUGUCCAGCAGCAACGUCCUCAAUCUUAUCAUCCUGGACAACAAGUUCAUCCUGGAUAUCUUCAGCAAAGUCUACAUCAAAUCCACAAUGCUCAACCAGCUGUUCAAGCCGCACAGUCCAUCCCGCAACAGCAACACCAAGGCCAACACUCUCAGCAACCUCGCCCCCAAUUGACACAGCAUCAACAGCCUCAUCCACAGUCGCCUCAACAGGUACAACUUCAACAACAGUCUCCAGCACAGCAACAACAAGUCCAGGCACAACAUCAACAACCCCAGCAAUAUGCGCCGCCGCAACACCAAGUACAGGUGCAGCAUCCUCAGCAACAGCCGCAUCAACAACAAUCUCCAGUACCACAGCAACAGACUCAUCAAUCAUCGCUUCAACAGCAGAUCCCCGGUCAAUACCCUCAGCAACAGCCAUUUAGUCCGAUAGGCUCAGCUCCAAACAUCGCGAGUCAAACGGCCCAAUCGACACUGGCAAACACACAUCAAACACCACCACAACCUCAGGUUCAACCUCAACCUCAACCACAGCCCCAGACACCAGCAGCAGGCCGGCCAUCUCUACAUCACAAUGACGUCGCUUCACCAACCCCAGCACCUCUACAUCAUGAUUCUGGUCACGCUAAUGCCAGCUCAUUUGUCCCUGAGCACUGGAUACCUGCGAGCGCUAGUAGUAGCAGUCCCAACAUUGCAGUACCUGCCACUACCAUCGCAAGCGUAGCUUCACCCAGCCCGAUAGGCACUCCAACAUGGGAUCCCACUUCUCCUCCGCCGAUUCAACAAACGCCGACAGUAGAUAUCAGACGGACUUCUACUGGCCAACCCAAACUUUGUAAUCAUUGUCGAAAAGGGAUCCCUCUCAAUGUAUCAGUAUAUACAUGCCUCAUCUGUAGCACCGCUCACAUCGCGACAAACUUUUGUGUUUGGUGCUUCACCUCCAACGCAGUCAACACUUCCCACAGCCACGACAAGUCUUACUACGCAACUGAAUCCGAUCCCCGUAUACAAUCGUCGGUCCAAGAUGCGACAACUCAUAUGUGGACGAUCCGAAAGAACGUUUCCGGUCGGCUUUGGUACACGCAUAAUGCGACUGGGCUCAAGACCCAUCUCAAACCUACGGCGGUGGCUCUGUCGGGAUUUUCAGGCUUACCGCCUGGUUGGGACGAACGCAGGACACCAGAUGGACGGACGUUCUACUUCAACAAAAGACUGGGAACCAGCGCGUGGACCAAGCCACCCAAUUCUCUCCCUGAGGGUUGGAAAGAGUUGAGGACACCAGACGCGACACCAUUCUAUGUCAACGAGCAGCUAGGAUUGUCGACGUGGGACCGACCAGGACAACAGCCAAAGCAGGGCAAUAAAGUCGUGGUCAGGAGGAGACCUGCACCAGGCCAACCGAUGACUUCACAAAACGUCGGAGACAACAUCCUCUCUGCUACUAUAAAUGCGGCCAGGCUCACAGGUCAAGGUGUUGAGUCGGCUAGUAGACAGGUCGGGAAGCUGGGCAAGAAGAAGAAUUGGAGGAAGCUGGGAAGAAUGCUCAACCAAGUAAACGGUUUGACCGGCGAUAAUUCUGGAAGCGAUAACGAAUGCAACGAUUACAAUGACAACAGUGGAUUCGACUUUGGGGACGAUUCGGGUGGCUACCAGGAUCAACAGCAAGGACAAUUCCAGCAGAGCUUCGAUCAGUCUUUCUCGGAGCAGUCGCAGCAGUCAUUCGACUUUGGCGAUAGCCAACAACAGGCGAUGUUUCAACAGCCAGCCUACGAACAACAGACGACCUUCGAGUAUUCCGUUCAAUCUGGGCAGUCAGAAUAUGAUCAGUCUGCAUUCGAACAACAGCCUGGGCAAUUCAGCAUCACGACAGAGGUUUCUUACACCACGACCGACCCUCAGCCCGCGUUUGAGCAACAGAGCUUUGAGCCGCAGCAGGAUCAAUAUGUCCAACAACCUUACGAACAGCAAUCUAGUUUCGAGGUUCAGCAACAGACCACGUUCGAGCCGAUGCCAACCCAAGACUCUAAUGCAAUGGAACCCCCUCAGCAAACCGAGCCCUUGGAAUAUGUUCAGCCUUUGCAGCAGAACGACUGUCCGCCGCCAUCAGUACCACAGGAGCCCUACGCGCAGCCUAUACAGCCCGCACCUCAAUCGGUCUAUCAACCUGACCUGCAGCAGACAUAUUCUGCUCGGCAAUACAUCUACGAUCCGACUCAGACACCUCAAACAGUGCAACAACAGGUGACUAUCUCUUACCAAGUACCCACCUACACACCCGAACCAGCACAAUCGUUCAUCCUCCAAUCUCAGCCAGAGCAGCCAGUCUACCCAGUCUACAUCCCCAACAACCAGCCCGAGAUCAUCACUAGUGAUGAUCACCUCGUCGAAGUCCCCGGCACUACCGAUAACACAACUCUCGUUCUGAACAGUGGAUACGGCGGUAACGACAUCCUCGCCGGGACGAGUCUGGCCGCAGAACAAAAUGUUGUGGCAACCCAAGUACCGCAAGAAGGCAUCGUCAGUGUUACUGUGCAGUCGCAGCCUCCUGUAUUCGAAACUACUUAUGCGCCAGAGCCGGUAGUGGUUCAAGAGUACACUACUGCUGGAAAGCCGGGAACAAUUGUAUCGGUUGAUGCCGCGACGGCAGAGAAUAACUUUAACACGGCCGAGAGGUGCAACCAGCUGAUUUAA